UCCAAAUUGUUAACUUUAAACAAUAAAUUUUAGUUCAGUUUGAUAUUCUUGGAUAAAAUCGUCUCCGGCAGGCAGUAUAUUGACUUUGCUAAAGAGCAGCAUGUAUUAGAAGAAACAUUCACAUAUCAAAGUCAAAAGCUCAGUCUCAUUCCGCACUCCAGUGUAAGAGUCAGUAUUUACUGAUUAGAGGUUUUUCGUUGGGGCAAGAAAGUAUCCUAUGGAAAACAAUUAAGAAUACUCGAGCAAACAACUGAUCUAAAGCCUGCAGGAAAGAGAAUCAUUGCCAGGGCAUCUUUAGUGGGCCUUCCUCAUCUUCCUUCUUCAAAGAGAUUUCUGUCAACAAAGAGAACUUCGCAACAACUAGCAAUCAUUAAUCUGUUGUGAUGAACGGCACGGCGUUAGAAGAAACUUCAGACUUCAGAAAUACUUGUUAGAUAUGUACUCCAAUCAGCCUGGUGAGAAUUCAACCCAACAAAGUGAUCACCCGCUUGUUUGUGUGUCAAAACCAUUAUCCGUUUUUAUCUUCGUUAUCUAUGCCGCUGUUUUCUUUCUUGGGGUGUUUGGGAAUUUUUUGGUCAUAUUCAUCGUAUCCAGAGAUUCCAAGCUGCAUACGCCAUUUAAUUACUUAGUUGUCAACCUGGCUGUUUCUGACACGUUUGUUCUGCUCUUUUCGUUGCCGAUUGUCGUAUUCAGUGAAUGUUUUUCAUGGCCUUUUGAUGAGUUUCUAUGCAAGUUGUCUCGUCCAUCGUUUCUCAUUUUUACGGGUGUUUCUGUUUGCACGAUGGUAGCUCUGAGUUUCGAAAGAUAUCAAGCAAUAGUGCAUCCUCUGGCACUAAAAAUGACACGUGGAAGGGCGUUUUUCAUCAUCGUGUUUGUGUGGGUUUUGUCGUGUUUUGCAUUUGGCCUUCCAAGGUUUUUUGUAUUUGGACUAACAACUGAGAAAGGAAUUUUACAGUGUGACCCAAUCAAGCAGAGUUUCGCCAUAAGGACAGUGACGAAGAUAUUCCGGCUUAUCAUGACGUUAAUUUUGCCUUGUAUCGUUUUAUCAUGGGCGUAUAGCCGAGUAAUGCACAAGCUUAGAAACGAGCUCGCCUUCAUUGCAGACGCAUUUGCAUCACGUGACAUAGAGAGGAUGCGAACCACGAGGAACAUCAAAACAAUGCGCCUACUUGUAAUAAUUAUUGUCGUGUUUGUCGUUUGCUUUUUGCCUUUCAACAUUGUCACAUUAUUUGGCAGUCUCCCUGUGUAUGCCGAAUGGCAUUACAAUGAAACGAUCGAGAAUAUGGCCCGGAUGUUUCAAGUGUCUCACAGCUGCUUCAAUCCCAUGAUCCUCUGUUCACUGGGCUCAGAAUUUCAAAAGGCUUUGAAAGAAUUGUGUGUAUGUUUACUCGGCAAAAACGUGCUGAAAAGCAAAAGAAAAGCCUACGUUUUACCACAAAUUCGGCAAAGUCGUACUUCGACGUCGCCGGCAAACACCAAUUCAUUUGAUACCAGUUUGUGACUGCUGUGGAGUUCUUGUUUAAUACACAUAAUUUUUCCAGCAGGUAAACAAUAAUCGCCCGGUUAGCUCAGUCGGUAGAGCAUCAGACUUUUAAUCUGAGGGUCAUGGGUUCAAGUCCCAUAUCGGGCGCUUUAAAAAUUUUUGUUAAUCAAAACUUG